AUGGAGGACUACGAAGCAGAUGAACAAGAAGCCAACGGAGGUAAAAAACAGCGACAACCACCACAGCCGCCGGAUACUGAUUGGUUCGAUGUGGAAGAUAACAGUCUCUAUGGCCUUUAUCAGCAACAGAACAAUCCCACGCCCAGCAAGGUUGCUUUCUUGGAAGGUGGUCAACAAGCUACGAGUACUCCGCCGCAGUUUAAUUGGGUACAGAAUGAUUUCCAGCACCUGGUCAGCACGCCUGCAGUGCAUUCAUUCCAACCAAUUUAUGAUCAGGCCACGGCCAAGAACAACGAGCAGCCGCAGCAACAACGACUUCCUGAAACGGGCGGCAAAUGGCAGCAGCUCAAGGGAAAAACACAUUCGUUUACCUUAGCAUCCCUGGAGCUUCUGAGCAAUUAUGGGAAGGGCUUCAAGAAUGCGGCCAGAGAAGAUCAAAACUGGAGCAACGACUCCCCAACAAAUAUUGAUCAGGAUAGCAGCCAGGGCCGGAGAUUAUCCCUGGGAGAGAUCAUCAGGGCGGCUGGAGCGAGGUACAUCCAAUUCUCCACCAAAAAUGUUGACGGCUUUUCGGGGCUUAUCCACCCAUACGCUUCUGCCAUCACGGACAUUUCAGUAGCAGAAACUGCAGACGUGGAACUCGUGCAGGAAUGCUGCCCAGAAAUUGUAUUCCACUUUGCCGAAGCUUUGCAGCAUAGGAUUGAUAUGCAGACAGGAAAGAUCACUCCUGAGAGAAUCAUUGAACGGUUUGCCUAUGCAAGGAACCUUGAAUUGGAUUUCAAUCUUUCCUUCCUGGCAUGCCACCAGGCGAUCCCCUUCACCCAGGUCACACAAUUUGCUGCGAUGCAAGCAGUCAUUGACAACGUCAAAUCGGCAACCAAGAUCCACCUGGUUGAUCUGCACAUCAGGAGCGGAGUCCAAUGGACCGUGUUGAUGCAAGCUCUGGUUGAGCGGGAUGACCGUCCAGCACUCAGGAUAACGGCGGUGGGAACCAUGAACAAGCAGCGUAUGGAGGAAACGGGCAAGAGACUGAUCAGCUUUGCUCAGUCCUGA